GUCAUAUUUGACAAAAGAGAGUUUUGAGAUGUCUUUUUAUUUAGUGCUAUGGGAAUUAGUAACAAGAGUCAUGGAAAGAAAACAGAUAAGGAAACCCAGUCCCCGAUGUUGAAAAUAUUUAAGGACAUGAUGCAGAAGGACAACACUGAACCGGAGAAGGUAACCUUGCUUAAGGAUAAGAAAAAAGACAAGAAGAGGAAAUCCUAUUCUGAAUCUAGAUCCAAGUCGGAUAAUAGGUCAUACGAUUCCAGCAGCACUGACAGGUAUAGGAGUCACAAACUGGCCAACAUCACCGUCCACAAUAUAAGGGAAGACCAAGAGGACUAUAACCAAUUCGGUGCUGAUGCAUACAAAUCCAAAAAAGAGAGCUGGUGGUGUUUGAAUGACUCAAAUAAUAAAAAAGGAAAGAAGAAAUCGUCAGGGGAUACAUGUUCAUGUGUGUCCUGCGCCUUCAAAAAGAUCUUGGGUACCGAGUGCACGUGCGUGACGGCUCUGUUUUUAUUAUUCGCUGUCUCUGUGGUGAUAGCAUUCAUGAUCGUCUUCAAGACGGAUGCUCCGUGCCCUGCAAUGAAGCUGCAAAUGAAAAGACAUCUCUCUGAGAAUUAUGAGCCUGGACAAGACGACCUGAACAGCCUGGACACAUUGAAUGAUGCUGCGCUUUCCGAAAAUAGAAACAAUCAUAAAAGAUCGUACGGUGACAUAACCGAUGACCUGGCCAGUAUACUGGAUAGUCAGAAAAUGGAUUCGCAGACCAGCGUGAGGUUACGAGAUUUUUUCCAAAAACUUGUACAAACAGAUGCCCAGAUUAAGAAACUCAAACAGGAUAUGAACAACUACUACAAAACGGACAGUUUGAAGUCCUUCAAUGACAGAAUAAAACGAUCACUGAAAAAUCGUCUUAAGUAUCGCAUCAGAUCCAAAAAUAAAAAUAAUAAGACUGUAAAUAAAAGAAAUUUAAUAGAUGACAAGAAUAAUUUGCUCAAUAACGGUUCAGCAAUAACGGGAUUCAUUAUAGAAGGCGAAAAAGUGUUAGUUCAGUAUGACACAGGGAGGAAGAGAAAUUUCCCGAAAUGCUCACACGCACACGAGUCUAAGUCUCAUGAAAAAAAAUUGAAACAUCCAUACUAUAAGCACAGCCAGCGCGUCGACGAAAUGCUAAAAUACGCUGCUCCAGCGAUAACCAGUACGUUGUUUAAGGAAAACACCGAACAAACAUUACCAACCGACUCCUACAAUGUAUUUGAUGAAAAAAUAUCUGAUGCGAAAUUCGAUUCAGUCUUGGAAACUAAAACUAGCAAGGAUCCAACCAAGGAGAAAGAAUUUGAUGUAAUUAUUUUGACGACGUCACCUGUCCAGGACGAAGGGAUGAACGCAGCUAAUAUAAGGAGUACCCCCUACAGAACGGCCGAUUCUGAAGUAAAUAAUCGUGUAAGAGAUCGCAUCGGAUACCGUAAGUUGAUGCAAGUCGACGAAGAAGACAAUGAGGAACUCAAUUACGAAGAUGUCAAGGAAGUGCUGACAGACAAUCGCCAAAAUGAUGAUGAUUUUGACAGACAGACUGAAAAAAGGAAAAGAGAGAGUGGCCAACGCUUUAAAUUAUUCCCGUCUGAAAUCCUAAACCCAAACUGGAAAGGUCCAAUGCCUUUUUAUCCCGACGAAAUAAACACAAUGAUCAAACAUGCGGCCAUUCAAAAUCUCAACAUACAAUCGCCAACGAAUAGAAAAUAUCCGAAACCAGAACCAGAGAAGGAGAAGUUUAAAAAGGACGUCAGCGACACUGAAUACAUCGAGGAUUACGCGUAUGAUAGAAGCAAAAACAUGGCCAACAUGGCUCAAGCCUACAGUGACUACGGUGUCGUCUAUAACAGAAAAGCCGAGGAUGUUAAAGACAGAAUAAGCAAACCAGAAAACAGAUUCAAGCAAUCGAUGGACAAGAGAUUUUUUAAAUACAAUAUUUUUGAUCCAGAAGGCCUUAAAUUCGAGUUUAAACCUGGAACUGUCAAGACUGAUAGCGACAAGCUAGUAACUGAUUUGAAAAAACACAUAAAAUUUGUGAAACAGUCUACAAUCAAGGACCGCCCGUCGCCACAGCCGGCUUAUAACUCUGAAAUUCAAAACGUACUUAGCCAUCAUAUAAAUUAUCCCCUAUACAAUAGGGGUACGAUGCAAUCUAGGGAAUAUGAGGGGUCGAUAAGAAAAGUGUUUAGAACACUUAAAUCUGUAAACUAUGAAUCUAAUGACGAUAAUAGUGAUGUUAAUGCUAAAUUUGUUGAAUCCAAUGCAAACAAAACUGGCGUGGUCGAUGACGUGUUUGGUUUCAUAGCUCUAAUGGGUGACUGGUUUAGAAAACUGUCAUUGUUAUCUGGAGAGGAAGAAGGAAUACCCGAAUUUAUAAACGGUUCACUGUUUAACAUCACGAAAGGGAAGGAAGACGUUCCGAAACUCAAAAAUAAUACCGACAUUCUUUACCCAAUCUACGACUCGGAUAUGGUGGAUAAUAUUGGGCACAGAUCCAGAGUCUUGAUGUCACUCAAAGAAAACAACACAGACGAUAUGCAAGAAGCAAAAUAUAAAGAAAAUGUGAAAAGAAAUAAUAUUAGCGAAUCGGACAGUAUCGUCCCUAUAGCACUAGUUUUAGCAACAAACAUAACAAAUAGUUCUGAAACAAAAGACGGAAGAAACUUAACGUCUAUAGUUAAAAGGAGUAUAGAUGAUAGCAAGCUGGUAUUUUGGAACGAAUUAUACGAUAACGAGGAAUACGGAAUAAAAUCAGACUAUUUAGAUAACGUUAGAGAGAAGCAUCUCGUGAAGAACAGAAAUGUGUUCCAAAAAACGAGAGAGUGGAUAAGACAGAAGUUCAGAAAUAAAACUCGUAGCGCGAGGGGCAAGACGACCAAGAAAACGAAAACUACAACUAAAUCAAAAACAACGAAAAAGUCAGCGGCCUUGACAAAUAUAAAAAUAAUGGACAACCAACCAAAACCAAGAUACAUACGAAACGCGAAUGAGGAUUCUGAAAACAUGAAAAAGGUCUUUGAAAAACUGACAGCGAACAUGAAAACGGUUUGUCAAGAAGCAGCCAGAGCCAUGGAGCACACGAAAAAUAUGGAAGUUCGCGAUGACAGCAAAGAAGGAGCGGCUGCCGCUUCAAUGAUGCAACAGCUUGUACGACUGAUGACCGAUUUGGUGGAUAUACAGGUUCAACAAAAGACCUGCGCCAAGCUACCAUCAGAUCUCCAAAACUUUCUGGAGUGGUUGACUGCCCCCGACGAGACUAACAUGAGAGUCGACGAAGCUUCAAACAGCCAGACUGAGUUUAAUAAUGAUGAAAACGAACUGUCUAGAUUGGAAAAAGCAACGGAGUCGGAUAUGCUAACUUCUAUCUCUGAGGAUAGUCAUCAAGACGAGAGGACGGAGUGUCUUGGCACGAUACAAGCGGUACAGGACCUGAUAAUGCAGUACGAAGGCAUGAAUGAUGAAGACAAGAGCAAAAUGAGCGGCGUCAAGGAAUAUCUGCAACAUCAACUGAUUUUCUUGAACAGAAAAUUGAGCAACUUAGAAGAGAAUAGUUUUUAUAAGCUGCACAAAAAACGCGAUCUCCGUGGAAUAAGCAGAACCCACAGUAACAAAAAGAGGAGGCAAGUCAACAAAUUCGUUAAAAAUUUCGGCAAGAAACAUACUAAGACAACACCGGACAAUAUCACGGAGAGCAACAAGGAGAAAAUGGAUUCAACGAGAGGAAAAAAUAUUUAGUACAGCCGAGAAAUAAUGAGGAAUGCACCAAAGAUGAGACUAGGAGAUAAUAAUUUUAUGAUAAAUGUAGUUAAUUUGGAUGUAAUAUUGAAGAUUAUUAUAU